GGAGAGUUUAUUAUACAAAAAUCGAGCUGGAGUGAACUGCUGUCUGUAAACUCGAGGAUUGAGAGUGCUGAGGCUGUUUGGUUGAUAUCUCGAGUUAUACCAAUCCAAUAGAGGCGUGUAAGGUACCAAAAGAAAUCUAUAUAGAAUAGGAAUCCGUGAAAGUCUGGUUUGCAUCAAUAGGAGUAGUUGAAGGCUUCCAAAUCGUCCGAGCAAAACACAACCUUGCAGAAACAGAUCUAAUCUUCUAAAGAAACGAGUUAGCCGGAAAACACCCAUUCUAGGGGCUGUUUUCGUAUCAACGAUUAGAGGUUGAGCUAGCACUUUGAGGGUGCUGUUUAACACUCAUUUCUAAGCAAGGAAUCAGUUCUCAAGCUUCUUUGGCCGAGGCUUUGGUCAUUGGAUUGAGAAAGAAAGUUUUAAAGCUCAUUUGAGUGGCAAAAGCAUCGUCCAUUAUGCUAUCAUCCAUGAAGAAGUCGGAGACAUCGAAUUUUGGCAGAGAUGGAGUUGUAUCAUUGACAUAAUUCGCUUCCACUUUUUUGCCUUUGUUUAAAUUCAUGGAAGCUUGAAAUAACUCCACAAGAUGCUUUGCAGUACGGCAUUUGUUAGCCCAGUGUCCCGUCAUGCCACAUUUGUAACAAGUCGUCUUCACCGAGGGUUUUGUAGGGCGAUUUGUUUGAUGGACUUUUUGUUUGCCCUUGCCCUUGUAAUUUGGUCUUUCGACCCGUUUAUAUCCUCGGUGGGACUUGUUAUUAUGACCAUUAAAAUGCCCACGUUUAAAAUGCCUUCUACUGCCACUGUGUGUUGCAUUUGUUUCAGUGGCUAAAUUAUGGCCAGAUGGACCAUAAACUGAAGGACUAGAACCAGUGGGUCUCAGAUUAUGAUUUUUCAUCAAAAGGUAAUUAUUUUGCUCAGCGACCAAUAAAACUGAUAUAAGGUCAGAGUAUUUCUUAAAACCCUUUUCUCUGUAUUGCUGUUGUAGUAGCAUAUUAGAAAUAUGCAUUGUAGAAAAGGUUUUCUCCAACAUAUCAGCAUCAGUGACUUUUUGCCCACAUAACUUUAGUUUGGAUGUUAUUUGGAACAUAGUAGAAUUAUAGUCACUGAUAGAUUUAAAGUCCUGAAAUCUUAGAUUGAUCCAGUCAUAUUGAGCUUUAGGCAAAAGGACCUUUUGCUGGUGGCUAUACCUCUCCUGUAAAUUGUCCCAUAAUUCUUUUGGAUCAUCAACCAAAAGAUAUUCAGAUUUGAGACUUUCAUGGAGAUGGUGACAGAGGAAAAUAAUAGCUUUCGCUUUGUCUUGGGCAGUUGACGGCUUAUUUGCCUCAAUAGUGUCUUCAAGACCAUUAGCCUUCAAAUUAAAUGUGCUAAAGCAUCAACUUUUCAUUCCAAAUAUUUUUGGCCAGAUAGAUCAAGAACAUCAAAUUCUCUUUUGCUAAUGUUGGCCAUGGUACUACAAUAAUUAUCAAUACAAAUUUAUUACUAAACCUUUUACAGAAUAUUAUGAGCUUUAGAAUAGUCUAAAUAUAGGUAAUAAUGUACGUACCAGUUUUAUUAAUUUUAUGCAUUCAUUUUAUUCUAUAUUAUUUAAAUUAAAUGUGCAUCAGUAAUGUUUAGAUAAAUUAUGCUCCGUAGUAACAAGAAUUUAACUUUGCUGUUAGAAUUCAACCUGAGUUAUUGUUGGAACAUAUUGUUUUGUUGAUGACAAACAACUAGUGUUACUUUUGGUCUAUAAGUGAUUGCAGGAAAGGAAGAUAAGUCAUACUUUGGAACAAGCCAUAGACCUGAACCCAGAACUAUCCUCAGGUCCAAAUGGACAUUAUUAUUAUGUUGUUGACUAACCAUGCAGGUGGAACUAAUACUGACCCAGUUCUAGUUCCGUGAUAUGGUUUGAAUUAAUAUUGAUUGCACCUACUUAAUUGAAAAUUAAUGUGUUCUCCUUAUGUGAGUGCUCAUACUUGUCAAGAAUAUUAUUUUAAACAAUAAUAUCUUUUUUGCAUGGCCAUUAUAUAUAUACGUACUUUCCAUUGAGCAACUUAUUCUCAUUACAUGCUUGAUUAGACAUCCACUUAUUAAUAUAGCUUUUUACUUUAUGGAAAGUAUCCUUACUUGCUAUAUUAAUGAUUGCAUGAUUAAUAAUUGGAUGUUGACCAUAGCUCUUACGUAUUGUAUGCAUUGCUACUUGUAUGAUUUAAUAAAUAUCUCCUUCCCAUAAAUGAUUAUCCAUGAUUAAUUUAUUUGAUUAAUUUGUUUAAGGAUGUGUGCUGGCAUAUUUGAAUGUUGACCAUUCAUAUCUUUGAUGAAUAAUCCGGCCUCUUGAGAUACGUUUUUAAAGGCUUGCUAAUUAUAACUUUGUGCUAGAUUAUGCAUGGUAAAUAAAUAUAUUUUCCUUCUAUUUGCAUUCUUGAUUGCCGCCUAUGCAUGCUAAGUAAAUUCAAUAUUCUUCUUGAUUUGGGCGGAUAUUUAUUAUUGAGAAAAUAUCCGUGUGAUAUAUAUGGUCCGAGCCUAUGAAAGGAAAGUGAUUCAAAAAUAUCAAGGCAAGUCCCAAGAUUAGAAGAUCAUCUAUUCAAGGAAGGAUGCUCAAACGGUCUGCCCAAGAUAACCUAUAUAAACGGAGCAGCUAGAGAGAAAGAAAGCGUGCUUGACCAGAGAAAUAUUCAGAGACACACUCGAGAAAAAUACGAAGUUCAAGGCACCUGAAACUGCUCACUCGGAGUUCUAGAUAGAGUUUCUUACUUCCCUUCUUCAUAUUGUAAUGGGGUUUUGAGGAUUGGCUAAGAGUAGCCUCCUCGGGUUGUUUUGUGUGAGUGAGAGCUUUAUUGUAAAGCUGAGAGGCUCUCUACCCGCAAGGUAGAGAAGCGUAACUCUUCCUAGAGAGGAUAGAGUUGGGGUGGCUCAAGGGUAGACUAGGAGAGUUUCCCUUGUAAUCAUUCAAAGGCUUUUUAGUGAAGUUGUUAAAAUUCCUCCGAGGGAGGUCGAGGUUUUUUAAUCCCCUUGAGCCAAGGGAUUUUUCCUCGUUAAAUUCUUGUGCACUUUACUAUUUCGCAAUUCCCUUUAUCCCACACUAGAACUCGGCGAAAAACUGCCACGGUUCCACACGCACACAAUUCACCCCCCCCUCUUGUGUUGCUAACCGUUUUCAUCAAUUGGUAUCAGAGCUGGUCUUCACCACAUAGAGGUUAAUACAUUGGGAAGAGAUCCGGCAAAAUGAACACGGUUGACCGUCUUGAAGAAGGUUAUUCGACCGUACGACCUCCAAUGUUCAAUGGCCAGUUCUAUCAAUUUUGGAAAAGCCGAAUGGAGAACUUUAUCAAAGCCGAUAAUUAUCAGGUAUGGAAUGUGAUAGAAGGUGGCGACAACGUCAUCACAAAGCUAAACGGCGAAGGUAAAAUUGUUCCUAAACCUAAAGCUGAAUUUACUACUAAUGAUUAUCAAAAACUCGAGCAUAAUGCCCAAGCUCUUAAAUACUUGAUUUGUGGUCUUGGUCCUGCUGAACACAACCGAGUUCUAGGAUGUAAGACUGCAAAACAAAUGUGGGAUUUGCUCGAGGUUACUCAUGAAGGUACCUCACGUGUAAAAAAAUCUAAAAUUGACAUAUUUAUGCGUAAUUACGAAUUAUUCGUAAUGAAGCCUGGAGAGUCAAUUAAGGAUAUGAUUACACGUUUUACUAAUAUCAUCAAUGAGCUUUCAGCCCUUGGAAGAGAAAUUACAGUGGAAGAUCAAGUAAGAAAAAUUUUAAGAAGUCUGCCCCAAGUAUGGAAGCCUAAGACCACGGCUAUUGAAGAAGCAAAGGAUCUAUCCACCAUGACGCUUGAAGACUUGACUGGAUCACUCUUGACAUAUGAACUAGGUCUUCAAGAAGAACAAGAUGCCGAGAAUGCUAGGCGAGAGAGAGGAAUUGCUCUAAAAGCUCGAGAAGAGGAGGAAGAAUCCGAAAGUGAAUCGGAAGAUGAGAUGAGCAUAUUUGCUAGACAAUUCGGGAAGAUGUACCGACGGUUCAAGAACAACCGGAACAAACAAGGUAAAAAUAACUUUCAAUCUUUUAAUAACCAAGGCUGUUUUGUUUGUGGUUCCCUUGAGCACAGGGCUAAAGACUGUUCACAAAAGAAAAAUGACCGGACCUACGACAAGAACAAGUCCAGUUCUAACCAGAGGUCCAGCAAAGACAAAGGGUUCAAAAGAGAUCUCAAAAGGGCAAUGAUGGCAGCCUGGGGAGACUCAUCCGAUGACGAAGAAGAGGAGAGUGAUAAGAACUCUAACCAUACAGGUCUAUGUCUUAUGGCACACUCCGACGAGGAAUCCGACCAAGAGAGCUUCGAGGUAAACUUUGAAAAUUUUCUAUCUAAGUUUGACUCUCUAUCCAAAACCAAAGCCCGGAAAAUUUUCAAAAGAUUGACUAUUGAGCUUAAUCAAAAUCUUUCUGAAAAUGAUCAUCUUAAAUCACAAAUCACUGAGCUUGAGUCUAAACUCGAGGAAGCCACGAGAGCCAAGAUAAGGCUUAAAACAAAAGUGGGAGAGUUAAUAGAUGAAAGGCUUAAGUACAGUGAAGUGGUUUUACAACAAGAUCAAAUCAUUUGCUCUCUUAAGCUCGAUAGUAUGAACAAACAAGUUAAUCAUGAUGAAAAACUUCUCUCAAAAAUUCCGAGCGUUGGUACUUUGAUUGAUCAUCUUCAUCGUCUUGUUGCCGAGUGUACAGAUUUUAAAAAUAGACCGGAAUACAAAGCAUAUAGUGCUACGAACAAAACCAGGUCUAGACCUUAUUCUGGAACUGGUCCCCCUCGGCACAAUAAGAAGGAAAACGAGACUGCUGGUCUCGGUUAUAUUCCAAGGAACACUCAACCUAAUAAAAAACCUGAUUUUUCAGAACCGAUCCUUUAAUGGAAAUAGAACCAGAGGACAACCCAGUUCUAGACCAUAUCAACAACCACCUAGAACUGGACCAAACUGGUUCGAUAGACUGGUUCAGAGGCACAAAAAUGGUUAUGGACAAACGCCAAACCGAACUUUUCAUAAGAAAACAAGAGGCUUUUAUGGUAAAUGGAAACCUAAAUACGUUGAUACCUAUGAAAACCGAGUUUGCAUGCAUUGUGGCAAAAUCGGGCAUCUUCGGUAUCAAUGUCACUCUCGACAAAAGACCUUAGAAAGAUGUUUUGACUAUGUUAGAUAUCCAUCCUCAAACAAAUACAAAAUGGAACCCAAGCAAGUCUGGGUUCCACAUGCUAACCCGUGAUUCAGGAACAGCGCCAAGUGAGGGGGAACAAUCACUGGUUCCUUAACAGUGGUUGUUCUAAGCACAUGACUGGAGACUCAUCUUUAUUCCUCUCACUUCGGCCAUUUAAUGGUGGGAAGGUGAUAUUUGGAGACAACGGCAAAGGAGAAAUUGUAGCCGUGGGAAAAUUAGAAAAUCACCCAACCAUUUAAUUGAUUUUUUUUGUCAAGGUUAUAAGUUCAAUUUGCCAAGUAUCUUUCAAUUCUGUGAUGGAGGUAACAAUGUUAUUUUUAAUAAAGAAUAUGCGUUUAUAAUUGUUGAUGAUUUCUCAAAAUAUACUUGGACUAUCUUUCUUGCUAGUAAGAAAGAUACUUUUAAUGAGUUUGUUAUUUUUGUAAGGAAAGUUGAGCAUCAAAUAGGGCAACAAUUAAUUAAGAUCCGUUCGGAUCAUGGGACCGAAUUUGACAAUACGCUCUUCGAUACAUUCUGCCAAGAACGAGAGGUGGUUAGAACUAUGUUCAUCUCUAGUGGUCUAGCAAAGAAUUUAUGGGCAGAAACUCUAAACGCGGAGAUUGCACCUAUUCCAUGAGAAAGGGUGAACCAAUCAUGAAACCUAUCGGCAUGAGAAGAUGGGAAUAGGAACUGACGAUUACACGCUUAGAACUGAGGAUGUACCCAGUCAAUCCACUGCAAAUUAGACUGAAGAACAUGCAGACCUAGUUCCAGGCGACUUGUGUGAAGUUGUAAAUCAUCCUCAUGAGGAUGUAAACUUCAUCGAUCACAUCCUUUGGAUAAUCUCUUGACUGAUCUAAAUCAGGGAGUAACUACUAGAUCUAAACUUAGAAUUUUUUAUACUUUCUCUGCUUAUUUAUCUCUUAUAGAACCGGAGAACCAUGAAGUGGCUCUCUCCGACACUGACUGGGUUCUAGCCAUGCAGGAAGAACUAAAUCAGUUUGAGAGAAUUAAAGUAUGGCAUCUAGAACCAUGACCCAAAAACAAGACCGUAAUUGGUCUCAAAUGGGUAUUCAAGAACAAGCUUGAUGAUCAUAACCAAAUAUGGAUGGAAUUUGGGUUCGUCAACGCAUGAACUAUUUUUCUUGAAUUUUUCUCGUUCAUCUUUUAUCUUUCAAGCUAUUUAUUGUUUUGUUGUUGACAAAAGGGGGAAGAAUAUGUGCCCUACGUGUUCUAUGCUUGAUACUUUGUGCUUAUCCAUUAUGAAACUAACUUUAGGGCACCAAGUGUUUGUCAUCAACAAAAAGGGGGAAUUUGUUGGAACAUAUUGUUUUGUUGAUGACAAACAACUAGUGUUACUUUUGGUCUAUAAGUGAUUGCAGGAAAGGAAGAUAAGUCAUACUUUGGAACAAGCCAUAGACCUGAACCCAGAACUAUCCUCAGGUCCAAAUGGACAUUAUUAUUAUGUUGUUGACUAACCAUGCAGGUGGAACUAAUACUGACCCAGUUCUAGUUCCGUGAUAUGGUUUGAAUUAAUAUUGAUUGCACCUACUUAAUUGAAAAUUAAUGUGUUCUCCUUAUGUGAGUGCUCAUACUUGUCAAGAAUAUUAUUUUAAACAAUAAUAUCUUUUUUGCAUGGCCAUUAUAUAUAUACGUACUUUCCAUUGAGCAACUUAUUCUCAUUACAUGCUUGAUUAGACAUCCACUUAUUAAUAUAGCUUUUUACUUUAUGGAAAGUAUCCUUACUUGCUAUAUUAAUGAUUGCAUGAUUAAUAAUUGGAUGUUGACCAUAGCUCUUACGUAUUGUAUGCAUUGCUACUUGUAUGAUUUAAUAAAUAUCUCCUUCCCAUAAAUGAUUAUCCAUGAUUAAUUUAUUUGAUUAAUUUGUUUAAGGAUGUGUGCUGGCAUAUUUGAAUGUUGACCAUUCAUAUCUUUGAUGAAUAAUCCGGCCUCUUGAGAUACGUUUUUAAAGGCUUGCUAAUUAUAACUUGGUGCUAGAUUAUGCAUGGUAAAUAAAUAUAUUUUCCUUCUAUUUGCAUUCUUGAUUGCCGCCUAUGCAUGCUAAGUAAAUUCAAUAUUCUUCUUGAUUUGGGCGGAUAUUUAUUAUUGAGAAAAUAUCCGUGUGAUAUAUAUGGUCCGAGCCUAUGAAAGGAAAGUGAUUCAAAAAUAUCAAGGCAAGUCCCAAGAUUAGAAGAUCAUCUAUUCAAGGAAGGAUGCUCAAACGGUCUGCCCAAGAUAACCUAUAUAAACGGAGCAGCUAGAGAGAAAGAAAGCGUGCUUGACCAGAGAAAUAUUCAGAGACACACUCGAGAAAAAUACGAAGUUCAAGGCACCUGAAACUGCUCACUCGGAGUUCUAGAUAGAGGUUCUUACUUCCCUUCUUCAUAUUGUAAUGGGGUUUUGAGGAUUGGCUAAGAGUAGCCUCCUCGGGUUGUUUUGUGUGAGUGAGAGCUUUAUUGUAAAGCUGAGAGGCUCUCUACCCGCAAGGUAGAGAAGCGUAACUCUUCCUAGAGAGGAUAGAGUUGGGGUGGCUCAAGGGUAGACUAGGAGAGUUUCCCUUGUAAUCAUUCAAAGGCUUUUUAGUGAAGUUGUUAAAAUUCCUCCGAGGGAGGUCGAGGUUUUUUAAUCCCCUUGAGCCAAGGGAUUUUUCCUCGUUAAAUUCUUGUGCACUUUACUAUUUCGCAAUUCCCUUUAUCCCACACUAGAACUCGGCGAAAAACUGCCACGGUUCCACACGCACACAAUUCACCCCCCUCUUGUGUUGCUAACCGUUUUCAUCAGUUAUCUAACGGUUGAUUUGGUUUUUAUAUUACCCGUGACAAUCUAUCCUCUAUGUAUGUUCAGAGAGCUUUUAAUACUACGUUGUCACUUACCUAUUUGUUUAUUAGUUUCAAUAUAACAUCAGAACUCAUCAGUAUAUGUAAUUUGUAAUGUACUGCAUGUAAACUAGAACCACACAUUGUGUUCUCGUGAUUACUACCAGCUACCUAGUAUCUACGGAGUAUUAGAUAUAUUGAGUUGUCCUCCAUACUUUGACCGUUUCUAUCCAUUACUUCAUAUCUUUCUCUCUUCAUAUAUUCUGUUACUCUGAAGCACUACGGUUUCCUUCUUUCUUAUACUUAGUCAUCCUUUAUUUAUUAUAUUGUGGAGCACACGGUUAUAAUUUACUCUUCUCAACUUAAUUUCCUCUUCUUCGUAUAACGAGUCUACCGAGAUGGGAAAAGUGAUACUGGCUAAUGGGAUGUAUUUCAAAGGGGAUAGAGUGGUGAAGCUUUUGAACUAAUUGGUGCUAU